GGCUAAAGGAGUCUCUCAAGGCUCGCGAGUCGCGACAAAAUGGCGACGAUUAGAGACUUGUCUGUUAUCCUGACCGUCCUUUCAACUAUAACGUUAUUAUGGCCAGAAUCUGGCGAAUGCAAUAAUGGUCGGAGGUCAGGAGAUGGCAUUGACACAGAUUUCAGCGGAUUUUCUGUGCCAAUUGAGCACUCCUUUGAAGUGGACGAUGUCCCCAGAUUUCGCCUUCGUGGUGCUAUACAGUUCAGGGGUGGAAGAGAGAGCAGCGUGUAUCUCGCUCAAAACCAACUCUCAGAGAAAGAUAGGAAUACACUUAAGGACGUGGCUGCAGUUGAUGGUUUAUAUAGGAUCCGUGUGCCUAGAGUGUCUCUGCAGGCAGAUCGGCAGUCAGAGAGACAACAUGAUGGUCACCUCACUGCAUUUGUCAGAGCUUGCUCAUUAGUGGAGUCCCAUCUCAGUGAUGUCAUCACUCUUCACACUGACGUCAGCGGAUAUGUUAUCGGUGUUUCCAUAGUGACAAUCCCUGGGUCAUGUCGGGGGAUAGAGGAUGAAGAUGAAGUUGACCUGGAAGUCUUUAACACAACAAUAGGUGUUGUGGCACCAGUCACUGCACCUGUACCUGAAACGGCGCCUUACAUUGAGAGGAUGGAACAGGAAAUGGAAAAGAAAGGGAAAAACCCACAAGAGCAGAAAUCCUUCUUUGCCAAAUAUUGGAUGUACAUCGUCCCUCUUGUUCUCUUCCUGAUGAUGUCUGGAGCUCAGGAUCAGUCUGGAGGCGGAGGAGGUGCAGCCAAUGGUGGAGGGCGAUGAUUCUCAUGGCAACCGAAACUGUUGUACAUAAUAAUUUAAAACAGAUUUUUGAAUUCAUUCACACAACUAAUGAUGAGCCUAAAUGUAGAAAAAAGGAUUGUUUCUGGAGAAAAUAUGUUAACUUAUAACUGCAUUCUUGGAUUGCAUUUUACUACUGAUUUAAUAAAACCUUUCACGACUCUCACAAGUUCUCACCAAAUUUAUUUCUGCAUUGUUUAGUGUUUAUAAAGGCCUCUUAAUACUAAAACAUCUUAGAAGAUACAUGACGUCUUGGCCUGUAUUGUUAAGUUUUAAAUGAACUGUAACAGAGUAGUGAUAAAAAGGUAGUAGCAUUUAUAUGGCUUCUACAGAGCAUGUUGGUACUGUAUAGAAACAGUAUGUAAUCCAGGAAACAGUAUCUAUAGAUCAUUUUGAAAAGCAAAAUACAAGAAUUCGGAUGAGACGUUAAACUGAGGUCCUGACUCUCUGUGGUCAUUAAAAAUCCCAAAUGGCCAAAUUUGCCCAUUCGCCUCUAUACAUCAUGACCUCCUAAUCAUCCCCAUAUGUACUAAUUGGCUUCGUAACUGUCUCUCCACCAAUAAGCUGGUGUGUGGUGAUAAAGUUGUGGAAAUUAUCAUCAGUAGACUUGUAUUUGUUUUGAACCGAAAUAUGUGGGUUUAAAAGCAUAUAAAGGACAAAAUUAUGUCACAAAUGAACUUAAGCUAUGCCAUACAAAACAAAAAA